CAAAAGGCACUUUUGCGUUGCACUGCCGACGACUUCCGGCGGCUUCUCUCGCGGGGAUUGGCUGUUAGCGGCGUUGUGGCUAAGCUCGUGUAGUGGCGGCGGUUUCUGCAGCGGCUGCAGCGAAGAGACUUUGGCGCUAUGUCUCACACUAUUUUGCUGGUGCAGCCUACCAAGAGGCCAGAAGGCAGAACUUAUGCAGACUACGAAUCUGUGAAUGAAUGCAUGGAAGGCGUUUGUAAAAUGUAUGAAGAACAUCUGAAAAGAAUGAAUCCCAACAGUCCUUCUAUCACAUAUGACAUCAGUCAGUUGUUUGAUUUCAUUGAUGAUCUGGCAGACCUCAGCUGCCUGGUUUACCGGGCUGAUACCCAGACAUACCAGCCUUAUAACAAAGACUGGAUUAAAGAGAAGAUCUACGUGCUCCUUCGUCGGCAGGCCCAACAAGCUGGGAAAUAAUUGUGUUGGAAGCAUUACGGGGGAUGGGGGUGGGCUUGGAACACAGGUGUGUACAGCGUGCUGUAGUGGAAGUUUUGUAUCAUAGUAAUCCUGUUUCCACUUUGUUAUACUCUAGCCAAGAUUGACUGUGUUAGAUGAAAUGUGAGGAUUUGUUCAAUCAGAAACCCCCAUUGCCCCCUCUUUUUUUUCUUUGUUUCUUUUUUUUUUUUUUACUUAAACAUUUUUAUGAUGAUUUAGAUGAAAGUUGUACUUUGUCAGUUAAUUUUGGUUCCAGUCCUUCAGCUAGCUUUUCAUAUCUACUUUAUAACAUUCACUAUACUAACUCUUCUUCAAGAUGGGGUGGGGGAGGAAAUGCAGUUUAGCCAUGUCCUCAAGAUAAAGUCUUGGUAAAAAUAAAUAAAUGUCCUUUAGUUAUA